UGGCUCUUUCGAGUUGCAUUGUGGGUAUCGAGGGCUGUCGGCCGCGUUGCCUUCGUUGCGAGGGUGGCGGAAGGGAAGCAUUUAUGGCAGCCAUCGGGAUCCACUUGGGCAGUACGUGCGCUUGCGCCGCCGUUUAUAAGGAUGGCCGUGCAGAUGUUGUUGCCAAUGAUGCUGGGGACCGAGUUACUCCCACUGUUGUUGCUUUUUCAGAAAAUGAAGAGGUUGUUGGUUUGGCAGCAAAACAAAACCGAGUGAGAAAUCUUUCAAACACAGUAGUGAAAGUAAAGCAGCUUCUUGGGAGGAGCUGUGGAGAUCCUCAGGCUGAAAAGUAUAUUGCAGAAAGUAAAUGCUCAAUCAUUGAGAAGAAUGGAAAGUUUAGUUAUGAAAUAGAUGGGAAACUUAUUUCCCCAGAAGAUGUUGCAAAACUGGUCUUCAGUAAAAUGAAAGAAACUGCUCAGUCUGCUUUGGGUUCAGAUAUCAAUGAUACUGUUAUUACAGUACCAUUUGACUUUGAUGAAAACCAGAAGAAUGCUCUCGGGGAAGCUGCUGUUGCAGCAGGACUUAAUGUCCUUAGGCUGAUACAUGAACCCUCUGCAGCUCUGCUGGCUUAUGGAAUUGGACAAGAUUCACCCAGUGGAAAAAGCAAUUUGUUAGUGUACAAACUUGGAGGGACAUCUCUCUCUAUCACAGUUAUGGAAGUCAACAGUGGACUGUAUCGUGUUGUUUCCACAAACACAGAUGACAGCAUAGGGGGUACCUGUUUUACUGAGGCCUUAGCGCAACAUUUAGCCUCUGAGUUUCAAAGAUUGUAUAAAUAUGAUGUAAGGGGAAACCCCAGGGCCAUGAUGAAGCUAAUGAACAGUGCUGAAGUUGCAAAGCAUUCAUUAUCAACAUUGGGAAGUGCAAACUGCUUUGUUGACUCCCUGUAUGAUGGUCUGGAUUUUGACUGUAAUGUUUCCAGGGCCAGAUUUGAACUUAUUUGCUCUGCACUUUUUAACAAAUGCAUAGAAGCCAUCAGAAAGGUCUUGCAACAAGCUGGACUCACAGCAGACAAUAUCAACCAAGUUGUCCUCUGUGGUGGAUCUGCUCGUAUGCCAAAACUGCAGCAGUUAAUCAAAGAACUUUUCCCAAUGGUUGAAUUGCUGAACUCUGUGCCUCCAGAUGAGGUCAUUCCCAUUGGGGCUGCUAUGGAGGCUGGAAUCUUACUAGGAAAAGAUAAUACCUUUUUAGAUGAUGAAAUGUUAUCUGUUGAAUGUUCUGCCAAAGACAUCUUAGUGAAGGUAGUGAACGAAUCAGGGGAUGAUAAAUUCCUGGUGGUGUUUCCAUUGGGAACUCCUUUGCCAGCUAGAAGGCAACAUACACUGCAAGCUCCAGGAAGCAACUCCUCUGUCUGUCUAGAACUGUACGAGUCCCUGGAAAAAACGCUGGUGAAAGAAGACAAGUUUGCACAGAUUGUACUCCAUGAUUUAGAUGUAAAAGAAGAUGGUCUGCAUGAUAUUCUAGCUGUCCUCACAAUGAAAAGGGAUGGAUCCUUACAUGUUACCUGCACAGAUCAAGAUACUGGAAGAUGUGAAGCUAUUACUGUAGAAGUGGCAUCAUAGAACAAACUCCAUCUUAAGACUUUUCAUAGCUAUUUGUUGCCUCAGACCAAUGCUGCUACUUAAGGUUUUUAUUGGAAGAUGCAAUCAUUUGUUGCACAAUAAAUAGCAUGAAGUAUUGAAAACGUGAAACUACACACUCCUCUUCAAAGUGAGCAGGAAGCUGGUUAACAAAGAUUUGCAGCAAUGAGCUACAAAAAAUUUAACAGGAAAUACAUCUGAGUGUAUCGCACAAAUAAAAAAAAUUACCAUGUUUUCAACUAAUUUCUGAAAAGGAUAUGCUUAGUAAAAAUAGGAAGAAUUAAAACAAGUUUCAUUUCUUGUUUUAUUCAACUGAUGUUAAUUAGUUUUGGAACAACACACUUGGGAGCGUAUAUAACGAGUAUUUCUUAAUGUUAAUAAUAAAACAAGGUUUUCUAUUGAACCACCUUU